AUGUUCGGGUUUGUUAUCCCAGCGAAUAGGGCGAGGUUGCACCUUCACUACCCACAACCGAAGAACAAUAACGGUUGUGUCUCAAGGCGUCGGUUAGGAGCGCUGCAAAAACCGCAGCUGCGCAAGCCCUGCCCGGUGGUCGCGUGCGCUCCGGGCAACAAUACGCCGCCGUCGGUACCCGAAAAGACUACGGCUCGUCUGUCGCUCGCGCAGCGCUUGUCGAUACCGCUGCUUACGAUGACGACAACGAUACCUGGCGUUGUUCUGGCUGCAGAGGAAACGGCGGCCCCGGAGUCACCUCUGAAAGCGCUCUUCAAAAGCUUGCCGCUGUCGCUUGUGCAUCCACUGGUCAUGGACGGUGUCCUGCUCGGAACGCUGUACGCAUUCUAUCUGGGGUACCAGGCGCGUACGAUGCGUACGACCAAAGACAAGGAACUGAAGAUGAAGCUGGCGCAGGCCAAACCCGGCGAUCGGCACUAUCAAAUCGCGAGCAUCCUUCUCGCCGUGAUGACGGUGACCACAUUCGAGGGCAUGGCCAAUACGUACACUCGUACUGGGAAACUCUUUCCGGGACCGCAUCUGUACGUUGGUCUGGCCUCGGUGGCGCUCAUGAGCAUGAUGGCUAGCCUGGCACCGGCGAUGCGGCGGGGGAAUACCGCAGCGCGCAACGCACAUUUUGCCAUGGCGUUCGCAGUUACUGGCGGGCUUGUCUGGCAGCUUCAGAGCGGUUUCGAAAUCGUGCUUAAGCUUUUAGGAUGGAAGUAG